ACGUAAAAUGGCUCGGUGGCUCGGCUGCUUGCACAGCGUUAAACGGCCAAGCCGCGGCUCCUAACACACGAUCACGAUCACAAUGUCUCCAUUCACUCUCAUCACCACCCUGCCCGCAUUCCACACUCUCGAGGAACAUGACAAUUUCGUUGCAUCCACUCCCGCCUCGUUCAGCGACAUCCCACCCGUCCUGCGUCACAAGGAAGAAAAUGUCUCGGUGACAAUUGACCCACCUCUCAGCGGCUUUAGUUCGGACGACUGUGCUGUCGGGACAUUAUACGUACUCGAGAGUGUCCUGGUGUUCAUGUCCGCCACAGGCCGUGGAUUCCAAGUGGAAUACCCAUCCAUCACUUUGCAUGCCAUCUCACGCGCAGAGGCUGGCCCAUCCAUAUAUUGUCAACUCGACCAGGCUUCCAGUGCCCAUGCGGAAGAUCAGCAGGAAGAGGAGUUGAGCAGCAUGAGCGAACUUUUUAUCGUGCCGAAGGAUCCGCUUUCUCUGGAAGCAAUUUUCGAAAAUCUCUCCAUCUGCGCCUCGUUACAUCCUGAUCCUGCAUCCCUGUCAGACGACAUGGACGACGAGAUUUUUGCUGAUGCAGAUCAGGUCGAGAUGUUCAACGGCGAUGAACAAGAGGAGCUUAGUGAAGUCGGGCGGGCAGCACUCGCUCAUCUGGAAUCCAUCAUCUAUAAUCCAUUUGAACAGUCAGAAGAUCAAAAUCACACAACCGAACAAGCAGGAGAGACUCCAGAUGAAUGAUAUAAUCGUAUACAAAAACGUUGC